CACUGUCUGGGAGGCUGUUUUCAUAUUAAUUGACUGGUACUGCCAACGGUUGGUGCAGGCUCCUGGAUGCUGAUGGUAGAUGCUGACCAAAGAAUGCUAUUGGGUAGGAGUCCGAUUUUUGGAUGAUUGAAUGGAGAAUAUUUUUUAAUUCAUAACAAAAAAACAGUAACGUAAGCGGUAUCGAUGCGAUGGAAGCGGGACUAUUGUUGUCAGGAUAACGUGGCACCUCUAGCCGACGACAACAGGGAUUAUUGUGCAGUGAUUCUACUCCUCCUGGAAAUAUUUUAUAACGUUACAUGAUCGGUCAAAUGGACAUGUAUUUCUACCUGUAAGUAGAAGUAUCAGUUCAGGUCAUAACGUAUUGCUAGAAUCUACCAGACAGGUGCAGAGCUGUUCAGGCUGACGCUAACACCUCAACCUUUUGUGCAACGAGGCGAUCCACUUAUCUCCAUACAUGACAUCAACACAGGGUGAUGCAGAUUGGUGAACGCGUUGGUCAUCCUCUAGUACACCGAGGACCGGUGUUUUGAUUUCGUCUUGUUUGUACCCUGAACACGUCGAGGAAACAGACCUCGGUGGUUGAGGGCCUUGGUCCACAACAACCUUAACUUCCGCUGACGGAGUCAAUCGCAUCGAAACAGUGGAUCUGCUAUACUUUUAUAUUUUUGAUGUCAGUAGAUGCUUUUGUCUGUCUCUAUCUCUCUGUGGAGGCUGUAUCGACACAUCUCCAUCAUGUUUAGCUCAGAGAGACUCACAGUACCAGAAUACGUCAGCCGCCUGCAGACCCGUCGCAGCGGCGCAGAGCCCAGAGCCGUCUCGCCGGGCAUCAACGCGGAUGUUCAGGCGGUACUGGAAAGUGUGAUUCCUGCGCUCCGUUCCUCUAUCAAGAGACUCAAGUCCGCCAAAGAUACAGAAGAUUUAGAUGAAACGAGAAAGGCCAUCGCGGAGAUAUUCCAGCUGGUAGAGGAGGCCUGGGUAUUGCCCGCUGUAGGCCGUCAGGUGGCUGAGGACAUUUGCAACAGAAUCCGUCUGGAUGGGGGACUGGAACUGCUCCUUCAGCUCCUUCAAAUUCCUGCCGUCGAAAUCACGUAUGAGUCGGCAAAACUGCUUGAGCAGAUUCUGGUGAUGGAGAACAGAGACUAUGUGGCGCGCAUGGGACUGGGGGUCAUCCUCAACCUGACCCGGGAGCAGGAAGACGCCCAGCUGGCCCGCAGCGUCUCGGGCAUCCUGGAGCACAUGUUCAAGCACACGGAGGAGACGUCCGUCCACCUCAUCUCCAACGGCGCCCUGGACGCGCUGCUCUUCUGGUGCCGCGGCACGGACCCCACGCUGCUGCGGCACUGCGCGGUGGCGCUGUCCAACUGCGCCAUGUACGGCGGCCACCGGUGCCAGCGGCUCAUGAUCGAGAAGCAGGCGGCCGAGUGGCUCUUCCCCCUGGCCUUCUCCAAGGAGGACGAGCUCAUCCGCUUCUACGCCUGCCUGGCCGUGGCCGUGCUGGCCGCCAACCGGGAGAUCGAGGAGGAGGUGGUGGCGUCGGGGACCCUGGAGCUGGUGGAGCCCUUCAUCUCCUCCCUGGACCCGGAGGACUUUGCCCGCAGCCUGCUGGACAGCGCCGACAGCAUGCAGGGGCGGACGGCGGCCGACCUGCAGCACCUGCUGCCGCUGCUGGACGGCACGCGGGUGGAGGGGAAGUGCAUCGCCGCCUUCUACCUCUGCGUGGAGACCAGCAUCAAGUCCCGCCAGCGCAACACCAAGAUUUUCCAAGAGAUCGGAGCGGUGCAGAGCCUGAAGAGGAUCGUCAUGUACUCCACCAACGGCACCACGUGUUCCCUGGCCAAGCGGGCGUUGAGAAUGAUGGGCGAGGAGGUUCCCAGGAAGGUGCUGUCGUCGGUUCCCAACUGGAAGAACUGUGAGGUGCUGACGUGGCUUCAGCAGGUGGGCUUCAGUGCCUUUUGUGACCGCUUCCAGGAGCUCCAGGUAGAUGGAGACCUUUUGUUGAACAUUACAGAGCAGGACCUGGCAUCAGAUUUGGGAAUGACUGCCGGCCUCACGCGCAAAAGGUUCCUCCGAGACCUGCGCGUGUUGAAGACCUACGCCAACUACUCAAUGUGUGACCCCAACAACCUGGCCGACUGGCUGGCUGAAAUAGACCCCCGCUUCAGGCAGUACACCUACGGCCUGGUCCAGUCGGGAGUGGACCGCCACAGCAUCCAGAGCCUGACCGACCCGCAGCUCCAUCACGACUGCCACAUAGAGAACAGCUUCCACCGGACCAAGAUCCUGGCUGCCAACCGCAGGCCCCUCAAACCCUGCCUCACAGACGCCCAGCCCCCAGGCCCCGACGUCUUCAUCAGCUACCGGAGGACCACCGGCUCCCAGCUGGCCAGCCUACUGAAGGUUCACCUCCAGGUGAGGGGCUUCAGCGUGUUCAUAGACGUCGAGAAGCUGGAGGCGGGCAAAUUUGAGGACAAGCUCAUUCAGAGUGUGCAGCGCGCACGCAACUUCAUCCUGGUGCUGUCUGCCAACGCGCUCGACAAGUGCAUGGGAGACACGGGCAUGAAGGACUGGGUUCACAAGGAGAUUGUGACUGCCUUAGCUGGGAAGAAAAACAUAGUUCCCGUCACUGAUAAUUUCAUGUGGCCGGAGCCCACAUCCCUGCCUGAGGAUAUGAGGCCCAUCCUCAACUUUAAUGGCAUCAAGUGGUCCCAUGAAUACCAGGAGGCCUCAAUUGAGAAAAUCUUGCGCUUUCUGAAAGGAAACCAAGUGGACGGCCCAGAAGGCAACAAGGAGCAGAAGCAGAAACAGAAAUGAGCACGUUAAUGACCAAAGCUAUUAACAUAACCGUUAAAUCCCAAGUUAACGUUGCCUAUACUCCCAACGGCUCAGUGCGCAUGUGAAGACGCAAUGUUAUAUUAAGAUUGUCUGCUUAUAUCCAAAAUUGUAACUGCGGGAUUUCAUUAGGUGAUACUAAUGGCCAAAACCUUGAAUUGAAUUAUCCUUUGGAUGUGUACAUAGUCUUAUUCUCAGGUAAAUAACAUGCCGUCCAGUUUCUUUCUGAUGUCCAGCCUACUACUCAGUAGCUCUUUUUUAUUAUUAUUAGUUCAGUUAGUUAUAAUGAACUAAUUUAUAUUUCUUUGUUGCUCCUUUAUCAUUUUUUUUACUUCAAUAUGUGGUUUUAUGUUCUUCAAAUGAAAUGCAGAUUGUUAUGGUUAUGUUUGAAGCGUUGUCAAAAGGACUGUUAUGAAUAACCCUGUUUGUGAGUCAGCAGUGGGACUAAACAACAUAAAGACUAAUCCAUAAAUCACACAUAGUACAGGUUACGAUAGAGUAUGCUUCAGGCAAUGAACACAUCUGGAAACUGUUCCAAAGAUACAGUAUUCAUUCCAAAUAGAUAAUGUCAGCUUUCCUUCCGUGCUAUGUUGAGGAAUUGCUUCCUGGCUUGACAUUAGAAAAAUCCUUCCUCGCUAAUGCUAUCAGAUUGCAUCUUAAAUUAACAGCACUGUAAAACCAAAAACUCACUAAAAAACAACCAGCAAUACCACCAUACUGAAGCUUGGAGUCUACAAUGGUAAUCAAAACAAUGCAGUCUUAUCUUUGGAUACAUAUGUAACACUAUGUACCAGGAAAUGUUUAAGUUGUGAUAUAUGAGGUCAAUAUAUAUUCAAUAAAAUAAGAUACAAAAUAAAGUUUUAUUGCAAUGCUUUA